CAACAGUCCAGGACGUCUCAGCGGGCGAGCCACUUCCGGCCAUCAACGACACCCACUCGGCAAAGGCCCAAGCACGGGUUCUUCCCUGACUGUCGCGCGUGUCUGGUCUCUAAAGUUGAACUCGUUUCUCUCGCUACAUUCUCCCUAAAUACCUCCUAUAAUCCGAUGCUCCGACGAGGAGCCCGUCGAAAUCGUUACUAGCGGAACCGGCCCUUAUUGUCCGCCAGAACUAUAGCUUACCGAGUCCUACACCUGGCAAUUGCCCUAAAGACGAAAUGAAUGCGGCCAAACAUGCGCGGAGGUUGAAGGAGAUUCGUAGGGUGAAGGCUGCCAUGCGCUUUCGCGAAGCGCAAAGAAAGCGAUGGCUAGAAGAAAAAGAGAAACGUCUACUUGUCAAAGAUCAUCAACAACGCCUGGAAGAAUUGGAGAGGGGCCGCAAGACCGCCAUACAACAAUCCAUCGACAAUGCCGCAGAAGAUUGGAAACGUGCGCACCUGCGGCCCAACAGGGCGGGAGGCACAAAGGCAGCGGAAUACGGCGCUGUGCCGCCAGAACAGCUGCGCAGCAACCUCAAUAUACCAAAACAUUGGGUUGGUAUUGAUGAAAGCUCUCCCCGCAAGUCCAAUACGCCCAAAAUCCCUGAUGCCGUACGUCUCAAUCAAUGGCCAAUAGCAAAAGGAGAUCGCGUGGUCGUCAUGCAAGGCCCCGACGCCGGCAAGAUCGGCACCGUCACGGACAUUCGUAAAGAUGAACACUCACUUAUCGUGGAUGAUCUCAACAUGGGAUACUUGGACUCAAAAGAUAUGGUCAUCGUUUCAGAUCAGCAACAACCUGAACCGAAGAUGGAAUCUGCCUUCCCACUCGAUUAUUCGGCUGUACGCCUUGUCAUCCCUAAAGUCUUUGAACGUACCGUGGGAGGCCGUACAAUCAAGGAGACGAGGGAUGUUAUUGUUGAAGAUAUCAUCAUGGAGAAACACACCUCAGGAGUGGACCCUUUCACAAGGGAAACCGUGCUCGAGAUUCCCAAAGAACAUCAAGUCGAUCCCCACACCGGAAAAGCCAUCUGGCAUCGUUAUAUCGCUGGAACUCGUGAGCCCAUUCCAUGGCCGUGGGAGAAGGAGCCUCAACAAGAUGAAGACGAUCUUCCCGAGGCCGCAGAACCGGAAAAGACGGGCGUCAAGUCCUUGUUGGAGAAGGCAAAUCCGUUGACCUGGUUUGGGAAGGGAAAGAAGGACGGGGCUGUCUCGGAACCCUCCAGCACCAGCACCCCUGAACAAGAAGAAACGUAUGACCCCAAGAAAAUGGUUCGAGGGGAGCCCAAUGAAUACGAACCUCCGGAUUUUGAUGACGACACUACUCGCAAUUACGUGGACGAGAAGACAUUCGUCCCUGUCCUUACUUCCCUGCCCAUUCCUCCCACCGUCAUAGAGGAGUUGAACCUUUCGUACAGAUAUCUCAGGGAGCACCAACUGGAGCGGCGCGCAGCCAACCAGGCAGCCAAGGAGGCAAAGGAACGGGAGCGACAGGCGCGCAUCGACGCCCUGGCGAGAAUGAAGACGCCUAUGCAAAUACGGUAUGAGCUCAUGCAGGCAAAGAAAAUCAAGUACGAUCCCAAGUCGCCCGCGCCACCACACGCCCAGCUUCUUGCAGCCCUAGGGAAGCACAUAGCGUCGAAGAAGGUUAACGGGGAAAGUAAGAAGGUUCAACGGUUAGCUGCGUAGGAUGGUAUGGAUAUCUUGGGACAUGCCGAUGGGAAUAGAGAGGGGGGUUGCAUUGCAAGCUUGUUGUACCAUAUUGUCCAUAUUAGAUUCGCCAUAUUUGUGCGAUUGUUCAUGUAUUUGAAAAUAGCCCAUGCCCUAAUGUUGGGUA